ACGUGUGGUGUGCACCUAUCUACUCUAUCUAUGUGAACCAUGUUACCAAUCAUGAACGACAACAACAACAACAACAACAUGAGCAUCGGUAAUUGCCAAACAAGGCGUUAGUAAUGUGUAGAGAUGCUCGUGAAUCGAUUUGUUUAAUGGCAUCCAUAUGUGAUCCAUGAUGGCAGUAAUGGUAAUAAACAGUUGCACGUGAACGUGAGCGACAGCAAAUUCAAUAAUUGUCGUUGUUUGUUUGUUUCGAUACGCGUGCGGUUUCAAUAUUCUCGUCUUUGGCCAUUGCCGACUGAUUGACCAUUUUGUCAAUGUUUGGAAAACACAACAUUGAUAAUCAAUUUGUAUUUUUUUUAAACACAAGCGAUGAUGCCAACUGGAGGUGAAUUUUGAUUCAAUUUGAGAGAAUGAAAAUCAAAACAUUCGAAAAUCCAAUUUUGCAACCAUCCAAUCAUAUGUUGAGCACAAUGAGUGUAAUGCAAUAAUUUAAUAUUGUUCCAUUUCAGCUCAGAUGAUUCCAACAUCUAUUCGGUUUGAUCGGAUUUGUUGUUGUUAUGCAGGAUGACAAAAAAAGAAACAAAAUCCUCUUAUGAAAUGACUGCCUGAUAGUCAUCGCAUAUCGAAUGUCAAAUGGAAAGGAUUUGUUUUAGUCUUGAAGCAUGAUAAUCACAGAGUGAUUAUUAUGUGCUUACAUGUCGUAAUCUUCUUACAGGAUCAAAUGUUGUUGUUGUUGUUGUGCAUUUCACAUCUUGAUUUUGCCAGAGGAAAUGAGAAAUAUUUUGCCAUCAAAAAUAUUUUGGUUCAAAUUGUCACCUGAACAUAUCGGUUCAUGGGCGCCAUCUAUAGAUUGAAAACAAGAAUUGUUCACAACUAGUGCCACCUGUUGUGCGCAAAUUGGGAUGAUGUUUUGUUUGUUUUUAAUCGAUCAAACAACACAAAUGGUGACGAAUCAUGAUGAAAUUCUCAAUCGGACAAUGUUUAAUUGUGCGGAAACGAUUCGUUUUUUUUGUUCGUUUAACAAUCAUACUGUUAAUCAGUAUUGUGUUGAUACUAUUCUGCCAUCAUCAUCAUCAUCGUGAUCAUGAUUAUGAUCUGGAUAAAUCAACAAAUGAACAGUCUCCACAUGUCAUUGUGAUAACGAUAUGUGGUGAUACAAGUUUUCAUCAGGCCAUCAUUGCUUUAAAGUCGAUAUUAAUUUUCGCCCAACAACAUCACGAUGACAAUCCAAGUUUGCAUUUCAUCAUCAUGACCGAUUGGCAAAUGAUGACCACCAUUAGCCGUGCGCUGGACCAGAUGAACACGGAUUCAUCGUCACAUUUCACAUACGAUCUGAAACCAAUUGAAUAUCCAAACAUGAAUGAUGGUGAGGUGAGAAUAUGGCGCUCGUUGUUCAAACAAUGUGCAUCACAACGUUUAUUCCUGCCUGCUUUGAUUGAUUAUGACUCGGUCAUUUAUAUCGACACGGACGUUUUGGUGUUUACAUCGGUCCACGAGAUUUGGUCAUUUUUCGAUCGAAUGAAUCAGACACAGAUGGCUGCAGCCACCUAUGAGAGUGAAGAUUUUUCCAGCAAUUGGUAUCAUCGUUUUGCGCGACAUCCAUAUUAUCCUCCGUAUGGACUCAAUUCAGGCGUCAUGCUCAUGAAUCUAACACGUAUGCGGCAAUUUGGUUGGCUUGAACGUUUGCAACCGAUACUGAAUGAGUAUCGUAGUCGUAUUGUAUGGGGAGACCAGGAUAUAAUCAACAUAAUAUUCAGUAUGAAUGUCGGUCGAAUUCUCAUCAUGGAUUGUUGUUGGAAUUAUCGACCAGAUCAUUGUGUGUAUAGUCUGUCUUGCCAAUCAGCCAAGCAGAACGGUAUCCGAAUAUUGCAUGGUAAUCGUGGUUCGUUCGUACAGCCGGAUAAACAGCCAACAUUCAACAGGAUAUUUCAAAAAAUUCUACUCAUACUCAUUCUGGUCGAAUGGAUCAUGAUAAGCUGUGAACUGGUCCUCGAUCUCUACACAACUGGUACAUCGGGUGUUGGUACUGGUGAACAUGUAGUUGUUGAUUUGCAUCACAUCAAAGAAUGGCUACAAAUGGGCAGCCUUUGUAUACAAUCCAUAUUUGUCAUUGAAAUUGCAACCAAACUGCUGGUUUAUGGCCAAACAUUUUUCCGCAGCAAACAUGACAUUUUCGAUUUGAUUAUAAUUAGCAUCUCCUGGUCAUUGUCCAUUGUGUUUAUCCAUCACAAAUAUCUUCACUAUACUGAAGCUAUCAUAUUCGUGCGCAUAUGGAAUAUAUUGCGUAUCAUUUAUGGAAUGGUUGAAGCUGAUCAUGAAUCCGAAAUGAUUGAGAAACCAAGCCAAGAUGUUGAUGGUAGCGAGGAUGAUGAAUGUGAUCAAUCAACAAUCAUUUAGUAUCCAAAAGUUCAUCAUCAUACGAUGGAUACAAUGUAUCUUUUCGGAAAAUUUACGGCAAUUUUUACGAUAAAAAAGUUUCCGGCAACGGUUGAGCAUUCUUUAAAUUUUCUGGUUUCAGACUGUUUUGACUUGUUUAAAACAAUAAUAAAGAGAUGGAUAAAUUGCUUAAAUCGACGAUUGAAAAGGUUCUUGCCACCACUACGAGUGCCGAUUACGAGAGACUGCUAUUGAGGAUGGAUUACAUUGAACAACGUCUGAUGAAUCGCGUGACCAAUAUCGAGACAAGGUUGGCCAAUUGUUCCCAUAAUAUCGAAUCGAUAACCGGCGAUUUCAUUGAACAUCGAAAACAAAAGUUGGGUGAGCAGCAGCACAGUGAAGAACCAGAACCAAAUUCAAUCGCUGUUGACGUGAUUAUCGACGAAAGCCUAGAUGCCAGUAUUCCAUCAUCAUCGAGCACCAUGACGGAGGACAAACGAUUUAAGUGUGGCUAUUGUGAAAUGACAUAUGACGAUAAGUCUUUAUUGGACUGUCAUUUGGUGGUCCACAAAGAACACCUGGCUAAACUUUAUAAAUACGAAUGUAAAACAUGCGGCAAACGAAUCCGCAUAUACAGCGAUUUCAAACGUCACUUGGCCAAACAUUCGAUGGGUGAGCGUUUUAAAUGUCCACAUUGUCAGCUGGAAUAUGCCCGUCUCCAUACUCUCCGAUAUCACAUUUACAAAAAUCAUCCAGGUCAAGAAACUAUACCAGAGCUGUACAGAAAAUAGACAAUUGACCAUUUGAUUCAUUUACGAACAUGUGAAUAAAACUCAAUUUUCCAAUGUCA